AUGAGAGCCACGUUUCUCCUGAUUUGCCUGGCUACUGUUACAUUCUCGGAUCUCAUUCCCAGAUAUGAUUUACCGACGGAUUCUCAAGAAUUCGUGACAUUCCGCUCGCAGCCAUCGCCGCCUAACGUGGCAGCCAUAUCGAGAUGCGAGACAAUACCGUGGUAUGGAUGUCAGGCACAGUUCAACCAACUGCUCGGUAUGGAUCCUCUGCUGUACUGGAGAAAUGGCACACUCAUAAAUAAACUAGUGAAUCAGCUGCUCCAAGCAAAUACCACUGAGCUGGUGAAAGUGUGCAACGCUCGAACACAAUUCUAUCAGUGUCUUGGCACAUCCUACUAUGCCUGUAUGAACCUAUUCAACAUUCUCGACACUUAUAAUCCAGAUUUUGUGAAUGCCUUUGACUACACUCGCACAUAUCUUGGCUUAGAAUUUAUGUGCAAUGCAGGAUUCGAAGAAGUUGUAAACCAAUGGCCAUGUCUCCACGGCAUUCAAUCGACGACUCCUUAUCAAAACUGCAUGAAUAACUUCACCUACAAUGUUGUCCCUACGAAUUUCUGCAAUAUGGUGGACACAACCGGCAAAUGCUUGAACAACGUCUAUUUGAACGCUUGUGUGGACAAUGGGGCUGGUUGGUUUGGCUGUGAGAAUUUCCGCUUCACAUUUGACCAAACUUGCUGGGGUUUGCGUUGCAACGUCGGAAUGAACUACUAA